GAAAAAUCAGCCUAAAUAAUACAGUUACUAAAUAGUAUCACGAACAAGUUUUCUGAAAAAAUUAGGGCAUACAGAGAUAGCAUACAAUAAUUUUCUCUUCGGCAAUUGCAAUCAGAUGACGAGAAUUUCUCUGCUUCGUUACUCUUCCAAUGGUAUUUUUCGCUUUGUCUCUUUUUCUGCUAUUUCACCUUCUGCUUCGGCAUUUGCAAUCAGAUAUUAUUCUUCAUUUCACUGCAAUAUCGAGAAUGUCAAGUGUUUAGAUGAUGCUCUGAGCCUCUUUCGUCGGAUGAUCAGAACGCAGCCUCUUCCUUCUGUUGUUAGCUUCUCGAAAUUAUUAAAGACUAUGGUAAACAUGAAGCAUUACUCUGCUGUUAUUUCACUUGUUCGAAAAAUGCUGAAAUUGAACAUCCCAAUUAAUAAUAUCAUCUUGAAUAUAGUGAUCAACAAUUAUUGCCUAAUGCAUCGUUCUGACUGCGGAUUUUCAAUGUUAGCCAUUUACUUGAAGAAUGGCAUUCCAUUUGAUGUUGUCACCUUUAGCACCUUACUAAGGGGACUCUUUGCUGAAAAUAAGAUCAAAGACGCAGUUAACUUGUUCAAAAAGUUGGUGAGAGAGGAUAUUUGUGAGCCUAACGAAUUCAUGUAUUCGAUUGUCAUGAAUGGGCUUAGCAAAAGGGGCCAUACUCAAAAAACUUUUGAUUUGCUUAGGGUAAUGGAACAAGGAAGCACUAAGCCCGAUACAUACAUCUAUAACAUUGUUAUAGAUGCCCUAUGCAAAGAUAGAAUGUUGGAUGCCGCAUUUAGCCUUUUUGAAGAGAUGAAACAAAAAGGCAUUCCUCCAAACGUUGUCACAUAUAAUUCAUUGAUUGAUGGUUUCUGUAAGCUUGGUCGGUGGGAAGAGGUUAGGACUUUGUUCUUCGAAAUGGUAAAUCUUAAUAUUUAUCCAGAUGUCUGCACCUUGACUAUAGUAACCGAUGGACUAUGCAAAGAAGGAAAAGUUGAAGAUGCCGAAGAGGUAAUGAGACACAUGAUUGGAAAAGGUGUGGAGCCUAAUGUGGUCACCUACAAUGUGAUAAUUGAUGGAUAUUGCUUGCGCGGUCAAAUGGAUAGAGCAAGGAGACUUUUCGAUUCCAUGAUAGGUAAGAGCAUUAAGCCUGACAUUGUUAGCUAUAACAUAUUAAUAAAUGGAUAUUGUAAGGACAAUAAAUUGGAUGAGACCAUGCAUUUGUUUCAUGAAAUUUCUCGAAAUGGAUUGAGACCUGACAUUUUCACCUACAGUAUUAUUUUGAAAGGUCUAUUUGAUGUUGGAAGAACUGAUUUUGCGCAAAAAUUCUUUGUUAAGAUGCAAUCUACGGGGCUCAAACCUAAUUUAUGCACUAAUCUCAUUUUGCUCCGUGGUUAUUUUCAGAAUGGACUUGUUGAGAAAGCUAUGUCGCUAUUUCAUGAGUUGGAAAUACAGAGAGAAAAUACUGAUAUUGAAUUGUACAAUGUUGUAAUUAAUGGAUUGUGCAAAAAUGGUUCGCUUGACAAAGCUCAUGCUGUUUUUGAGAAGCUUUCUUUAAUUGGAUUGUUUCCCAAUGUGAUAACAUACAACACAAUUAUAAAUGGAUUUUGUCUAGAAGGAUUGUUAGAUGAAUCUAAAAAUAUGUUAAGAAAAAUGGAGGAGAAUGGUUGUUCGCCAAACAAUGGCACCUACAAUGUUGUUCUACGAGGAUUUCUCAAGUUUAGCAAAAUCAGUGAAAUUACAACUUUUUUGAAGGAAAUGAAUGAAAGGGGCUUCUCAUUUGAUGCAGCUACAGCAAAGUUACUGAUACACCUUCUAGCAGAGAAUCCUUCUUUGCUAAACAUGAUACCACAGUUUCAUUCGGGAAAUAAGAAGUGAAAUUUUAUUCACUUGGUUUAUUCAGCUAGACUUAUUACUUUGAUGCAAUUUCCUUUCACCUCUGCGAAAGAAAUCACAUCUAAUGGAAUUGCGGAAGCUAA